AUGAAAAGUUCCGCAGUUUAUGUCAAUGUUUUAGAGAUGAAAAUUAAAGAUAUAUCUCUAUCAUCUAUACUUUUAGUAAUACUACUGUUAUUUUGUACCAAUAUAUAUGUUGUUGACGCAAUCUAUCAAUCACCAUAUACAUUUUCAUCAAAGAAUGGAUUGACAACAAUAGAUUCAUUUGGUUUCCUUCAAGGUGGUUAUUUUGAUUUCAAUUAUAAAAUCGUUGAUGGUGAUUUCUUUGAGAAUACAACACAAUUGUUGGUUUGUACAGAUCAUCAGUAUAAUGACUUGGAGUCGAGUACUUAUUGUUUGGUGCAACCAACUUGUUAUCAGGUGUUCCAAUUCACCAAUUCUUCAGGUACGAUUAGCUACAAGAUCGACAGAAAGUUUGGCGAUUACUUUACAUUUCUAAUUGGACAGUGCAGUCCAACCAAUCAGCGUAUCACCUACAAGAUUUCAUAUGCAUUCUACAAUCCCGGUGGUAAUCAUCUCUCCUACCAAUACAUUCCUCUUCCAUACAUCUACAUGAUAUUCACUGGUGUCUGGGUGAUAUUAACCAUACUAUGGUGUAUCAAUUGGUAUCUAAAUAGAAAGCAAAAUAUAAAAUUACACAAAGUAAUAUCAUUGUUACCAUUUUCAAAGUUGGCGGUUGUUGCAUACUAUUGUGGAUAUUGGACAUAUUUGCAGACAUAUGGUGCAGUUGGAAUUGUAGUAAUUAUUUUCUUUUGGCUGUUCUACAUUGUAUUCAGAGUGAUUGCUUGUGUAGUAUUACUGACUAUUGCGACUGGCUGGGGUAUAUGCUCCGGUCGAUACGAACAUCUAAAGAAGCCACUGGCACUCAUCAUCAUUCUCCUCGGUGUAACAAUUGCACUUGGUGCAAUACUUCAAGGUUUCUUUAAUUUCUUACAAUUCAUUGUUUAUAUUCCAGUUUUAUGUAUUAUCUUUAUAAAGACAGAUUUUAAUAUCAAUUUGAUUAGAGCCAGUAUAUUGGAGUUGCAUUCAAAUACACAGAUGCAACCAAUUGCCGGUAGUCAACAACAACAGCAACAACAACAACAACAGGAAGCUGAAGUUACACUUAAGCAUGAAGUGCUUGAUCCACCAACUGUUCAACAACCACCAAACAACAAUAGUGACAGCAGUAACGAUAACAGUAGCAACAAUAAUAAUAACAGCAAUGUUGCAACUGGUGCACCAGAAAGUAGUGUAGUUCAAGUUAGAGAUCAAGAUAAUGCAUUAAAGUUAUCACAACUUCAAAGUAAAUUAAUGAUGUUCACGGCAUUCAAAUGGAUAAUGUUGGCAUAUUUAUCAUCCGUUAUUGUAAUUCAGUUUUUAGCAUCUGCAUUCCAACUUGUAUGGAUAUUUGAAUUGCUGAGUCUUUUAAUUGAUGUUGCUUUGUUUGUUUGUAUAGGAUUGACAUUUAGACUAAGAAAAGAAAAGAUGUAUUAUGAAUUUAUGGAUGAAGAGUAA